AUGCCUUUCGCAGUCAAAGCUCUCGACCACGUAGUCCUGACCUGCAAGAGCAUCCCUGCAACAGUAAAGUUUUUCAAAAUUCUAGGCAUGAAGCACGAAGUAUUCCGCUCUUCGAAAGAUGCACCCGGAGUGGAAAGACACGCCCUCUCCUUCGGCAGCCAAAAAUUAAACCUGCACCAAGCAGGUGCUGAAUUCGAACCCAAAGCCACCCUCGCAAAACCCGGUACCGCAGAUCUAUGCUUCAUAACCUCUACACCCAUCGCCGAUGUCUUGGCUGAGCUGAAACAGCAAGGUUUGGAGAUUUUGGAAGAGGGCAAGGUGGUGGAUAGGACGGGUGCGGUGGGCAAGCUGAAGAGUGUGUACACGAGGGAUCCGGAUGGGAAUUUGAUCGAGGUGUCGAAUUAUGUUUGA